UCCUUCUUGAGUUGUGCAUCUCCUGUUGUUUGGCAAAGGAACCAACAGCAGCUAGGGAAUGCCUUGGUUAUGCAGCAUUUCUAACUCUCUGAAGGAACAGAACCAAAUUUGCCGUCUUUGCUUCCAUUCUUCAGAUUACGCUCGAUUUGAGGCCAAAAUCCAUGACCUACGAGAGCAGAUGAUGAACCACAGCAUGAGCUCCGGGUCCGGGUCCCUGAGAACCAAUCAGAAACGCUCCCUCUAUGUCAGAGCCAUGUUUGACUAUGACAAGAGCAAGGACAGUGGGCUGCCAAGUCAAGGACUUAGUUUUAAAUAUGGAGAUAUUCUACAUGUUAUCAACGCCUCUGAUGAUGAGUGGUGGCAAGCCAGGAGAGUCACGCUGGAGGGGGACAGCGAGGAGAUGGGGGUCAUCCCCAGCAAGCGGAGGGUGGAAAGAAAGGAACGUGCCCGAUUGAAGACAGUGAAGUUUAACGCCAAACCUGGAGUGAUUGAUUCAAAAGGGUCAUUCAAUGACAAGCGUAAAAAGAGCUUCAUCUUUUCACGAAAAUUCCCAUUCUACAAGAACAAGGAGCAGAGUGAGCAGGAAACCAGUGAUCCUGAACAACAUGUUUCUUCUAAUGCCAGCGAUAGCGAAAGUAGCUACCGAGGGCAAGAAGACCUCAUUCUUUCCUAUGAGCCUGUCACAAGACAGGAAAUAAACUAUACCCGACCAGUGAUUAUCCUGGGCCCGAUGAAGGAUCGGAUCAAUGAUGACUUGAUAUCUGAAUUCCCUGAUAAAUUUGGCUCCUGUGUGCCUCAUACUACAAGGCCAAAGCGUGACUAUGAAGUGGAUGGCAGAGACUAUCACUUUGUCAUUUCCAGAGAACAAAUGGAAAAAGAUAUCCAAGAGCACAAGUUUAUAGAAGCCGGCCAGUACAAUGACAAUUUAUAUGGAACCAGUGUGCAGUCUGUGAGAUUUGUAGCAGAAAGGGGCAAACACUGUAUACUUGACGUAUCAGGAAAUGCCAUCAAGCGGUUACAAGUUGCCCAGCUCUAUCCCAUUGCCAUCUUCAUUAAGCCCAGGUCGCUGGAACCUCUGAUGGAGAUGAAUAAGCGUCUAACAGAGGAACAAGCCAAGAAAACCUAUGAUCGGGCGAUUAAGCUAGAACAAGAAUUUGGAGAAUAUUUUACAGCUAUUGUCCAAGGAGACACCUUAGAAGAUAUAUAUAACCAAUGCAAGCUUGUUAUUGAAGAGCAGUCUGGGCCUUUCAUCUGGAUUCCCUCAAAGGAAAAGUUAUAAAUUAGCUACUGCGCCUCUGAAAACAACAGAAGAGCAUUUAGAAAAACAAAAUAUAUAUAAUAUACUACUCGGAGGCUUUUAUGUUUCUGUUGCAUUUAUGUUUUUGCAGUCAAUGUGAAUUCUUAUGAAUGUACAACACAAACUGUAUGAAGCCAUGAAGGAAACGGAGGGGCCAAAGGGUGGGACAGAAGAGACUUUGCAGUAUGCAGGAAGGCUUUGGUUUGCUCAAAGUACCAGGUGUAGGGAUGAACCUCUGAUGGGCUUUCUGCCCAAGAGAUGGGAGCCUCCUCACCCCGGCAGAUGUCCAGAGCUGAUUUAGCUGCCGAGCUCUCUGUGUUUUUUGCUUUAAAGAAAAUUUGCCAGCAUUCGAACCUCACCAACCUUCCCAUUACCCACAUCUGUAAUUGGUACACUUCGAAUUUUAUAACUAUGCACAUCCUUUGAUUUCUUAACAAGCAAAUGAAAGAAAGAAGGAAAAAAGAAAGGAAUCCCUUUGGAGAUGGCAUACUAUCAGGGAAGGAUAAGUGUGUAGUUUUUUUGACUGGCGUCUGCAAAGACAAGCAUUUCAUAAAAUUCACAAGUGUAUGGAGGACUAACCUUACUGAGAGGAGGGGAUUCCACCUGGGAUUAGCUUUAUAAUUGUUGAUUGUCUAUUUUGCCAUUUAUAAACUGAAAGAAGGCACUAAAGAUGAGAAUAAUUUAUACAAUAAAAGAUAUAUUAAAUGUAUAGAUACAAAUUUCUAUAGGUUAAAAAAGUUUUGUGAACUAUUUUGUAAAGACUAAUUAAUUGAAAGACUAAAUGUAUGCACUAUCAGCAGAUGAUCAAAUUCAAGAACUGAAAGUUGCACUCUCCCUUUUGUUGCCAAUGAUCCAUUAAGAGCAUCUGAGUUCCUUCCAAGUCUGAGAAAGACUUCUUCCUCGCUUACCUCCCAUUAGUGAUACACUCCCGCGGAGCACAUCCCUUCAUGAGUUGCCCUCAUGGAUUUUUUGGAAGACAUUUGGUUAAUGCAUUUUUAAGCCGAUGGCUUUUCAGAGAAAAGACUCAUGCAAAUUAUCUAAAAAGAAGUUUUUACUUUUCUCUAAUUAAAUAACCUGGGCCUGCCAUGAAAUAGCUGAAUAACAUUGUUCCUAGUUACUUACAUAGAAUUCUUAAAGGACCAUUUAGUAUUUUGGCCAACCAUGAGUGAUUAGAAUUAUUAUUUUUGUUUCACAGAGUGAGAGUUUUGUAACAGCCAGAGCCAUACUAGAGCCAUGGGACGAUCUGUCCCAAGACGCACUAUUUCUUUGAGGAAGAAGAGAACAGAAGUAUCUGACUGGGGGGGUGAGGGAUGCAGACUUUUUUGUGUAUGUAUACAGGGCAAAGAGAUAGAACCACAAAGGAAGACAAUUAAUGACUUUGAGCUCAACCAAUUGAACUGCCUUUCUUGGGGCUGCACCCGGACCAAGUUUUCUUUUUUCGUUUUGUUUUUGACAAUUAUAAUGAUGAUUUAAAAAAAAAAAAAAAAAAAAGAAACCUCCCAAAGCCUAUAAACUGAACCAGAAGAGUUAGUUUCCCACUUUAGAGCUGAUGGCAACAUCAGCAUCGCUUUCGCCCAAGGUGUUCAGAGAGAGACUUUUCAGCGAUCUCAGUAACCACUCAACCCUGGGUUCUGUGCAUACCCAGACUAAGCCCCAUCGCCUUAUUUCUGGGGUACAUCAAGACCUGGCAGGAAUUCUGCCACACUGUGCAGCAAACCAGCAUGUAGGCUGGGGUGGGAGAGCAAGAGAUAGAGCCAUCAGAGUGGUGGGGCUUCUUCACAACAAGAACAUCAGAGCUCAGAAUGAGAGUCUCUUUCCAAAAACAAGUGUUUUUCACCUUACACUAGAUACCAUUGUCUGCCUGGCUGCAGUCACCAAAACAAAUGCAAAAUUAUGCAUCUUCCUAUAGUCUCAAGGCUGCCUUUGCCAAUGGAAGGGCUAGCAAUGCAUUUCCCUCUGAUGAAAGUUAAAUUUCCAGAGACUUCCUUAGAGUGCUCAAAAUGUUAAAGAUCUGUCCAUGUCUGCAAUUCGCCAGUUUCAGGUCAAGGCCUACUUUCAUCAAUAUUGCUCCCAGAAGUUUUUUGCCACCAGAAUGCCAUUCCUGAUCCCAGCUCUAUUUUAGGCCACCAUGAUAACUUCUUUGGUUUCUCAACUGAGCAUGCAAUCAUUUAUUUAAAGGAUUGUCAUUAAUAAGUAGGUGUUUUUGCGGGUCGUGUGAUGUGCUUUCCAUUUAAUAGUGUAGUGUGGCUGAGUACAAUCAAAUUGAACCACCAACCCUUGGUUUUGUAGUAAUAUAAUUAUUUAUUUUCCUAGUGUAGAUGCUUCCAGAUUAGAAUCAGCAUUUGCACUGAUUUUUUAUGUAGAUUUAUAUAAAUAUAUACAUAUAUAUUUGCUUGAAGAAUCACCAAGCAAAUUGGUGAGAGGGUCUUUUCCUGUAAAAUUUACACCUCCAUUUGUUGUGUUGUCAUGCGCUUCCCAAUGUUGAAGUCUCUAUUGGCUCCAAUGAAAUGGUGUAUUUUGCAGCAAGUCUAAUGACUUGUUUGGAAAUAGCAUGAAAGUUACCCAGAUUACAUCUGGUGCAAAUGCACUCGGAGCCUGGGGCCAGACCGGUGCUAACACUGCAAACUUUGUCCAGAGCUCUCUCCAAUCUGAAGGUUUGUUGGGGGCGCAAUGUCACCUUCAUAUGCUGAGCCCUUUCGAAAAAGUGCCAGAUCGUGUCACUGGUGCUAUUUUUCAUGCUCUGGUACAAUGUGUAGCACCACGGGGGUCUCAGCUUUACCAAAAUCAAAAUCCUAAGUGUCAGCUAAUUGCAGGGGCAUUCGGUUUUGGCUCUUCUCCCACAGGAUUUGUUGGCCAUUCAUUUGCAGGCCUCUUCUCCCAGCCCCAAAUCCUCGGGCAGGCUGUCUGCUUAGUGAGCCCUUCUUCACAAAGCCACACACUCAGGUGCCUCUGUGAGCUGUCUUAGAUUUUACCGCCAGCCCUUCAGGACUUCGAGCCAGGAAGGACCUCUCCACACCUCUGGCUCGUGACUCUUUUCUUUUCUCAUUCUCUUCCUCUGCUCUCCUCCUUCUUCUAUUUCUGGCUCAUUCCAUUUCUUUUUUGUUACUUUCCUUUUUCCCUUCCCACCAUCUCUGUUGACUUUCUUCUAUACUCCUCUGUGCAUCCCUCCUUCAGUCUCGGUCUUUUUAUUCCCUUUCCCCCUCCUUUCCCGUCCUUUCGCCACUCUGCACAUCUCUGAUCCUCUCCUCCCUGGCACCCCAUUCCUUUAUUUUUCUGUCCUAUAAAGGGCUCAUGGGCGAUUCAGACAGCAAGUCCACGCAUUGGACUAGUGACACAAGUACUUUGGGUCGCCGAUUCACCUACUCAGCCCAGAAGGCGAAGCUGAGUGAGGCCCUGACCUGGCGCCAGCUCCGGCCUACGUCCUGGAGCCAGCCUGCACCGCUGCCCGGCAGCGACGAUGCACGUGCUGUGGGCCCUGCCAGCGCCUAGGUGCCUCCGCCUGACCGCUGCUGCUAAGGGAGCCCACUCCCAACACCUUCCCGUGGCUCUGAGGACAUUUCCUUUUGAUAAAUGCAGACUCUGGCCCCAACAAUUACUCUGACAGCAAACCUCUUCCUGCUCAUUGAAGCCAUGCCAUCGCCUUGGUUUGGAGAGAGACAUUUUUUCCCCAUUCAUAAGGUUUCUUUUUCCCAUUUUCAUGUGAAGCCCCCUCUGCUUUUCAAGCUGGUGAUUGCUCUGGUGAGAUUGAAUGGACUCGCUGGUGAAAUGACAUCUCUUCUUUCCUGUCUUGGUCCUGCCUAAAUUCUUACAAAAUAUUUAAGCCAAGGACUCAGGCUAGCUCCUAAGUUUAUCAUAUUAAUUUGUCACUACUAGGGGGGAAAAAAAAAAAGGAUCAAUUCCCUUUAAGCAUAUGGAGUACCUCUUGUGCCAACUGAUUUGCCAGGGUACUCCCUACAGAAUUCUGUGGCUAUACAUUUUACUUAUGCGUAUGUAUGGUAUAUAUGGUAUGCAUAUCAUGUAUACACAUAUGACAUUAGGUAUGAAUGAAUGUGGUUGGAAACCCACACACACACUCCAGUCUGUAAAUAUCCUUCCUCACUGAAACCUGUGCUUCAGAAAUCAUUUCUUGUACAGCUGUGCAGUUUCUUGUAGCAGCUAAGGACAAAGCUAAGACAGAGGGACAAUUUAGACAAAGAUCAUCUAAAAGAGUAUAGUGUCUCCCUAGCAACUCAUGAGGACAGACAACCAAGUGGCAAGGUUGACUCCCAAUGGAAUGGCAAGCUUUUCUUCUCUCCUUUUUGAAUUUGUGUUUCCUAAGUGUGUCUUAACUUCUGAGUGCACCAGGCUAUACCCAUUAGAUCCUUUCAAUAUGACAAUUUUGUGCUUCUCUGACAGGAUGUUUCUCCAUGGAGCUGUAGUGCAGGAUGGGAGGGAGUGGGGGAAUAUUCCUUGCCUGGGCUGGAGUUUACAGAGACACUGCACAGCUUACACUCCUGUUAAGUGUAAAUAUUCAACACUUCCAUUCCAUUUGUGUAAAAAAUAAAGCACACACGAUUAUAAAAUUAAGAUGUAUAUUUCAUACUCAGUGUGUCUGUGCAUAUUUAUUAAUAUUGCGUUUCCAGUUGUCAGCAGUGGCCCCAUUGUAAAAAUGCCUGAUAGAGUGUUUAUAAACAUGUCAUGGUUUUAUUAUAAGAUAUAAAUAUUAAAACAUUU